AUGUCAUUUGUUAAGUCUGUUGAUGCUUCUGAUAUGAUAAAAACUACCGAUACCUUGUUUAAAUUGUUUGCUGAGGUUAUUGAGUGGGUUGGGUCUAGUAACAUUGUGCAUGUGGUUACUGAUAUUGCUGCGAAUUAUGUAUCUGCUGGAAAAAUCAUUCAUGAAAAGAAAAAAGAAGCGGCUAUAAUCAAGCUAGAUUUUCAAAAGGCAUAUGAUAGGGUCAAGUGGAGCUUUGUGGACAUUGUUCUACAGAAGAUGGGUUUUAGGCGCAAGUGGAGGCAGUGGGUUAUGGAGUGUGUUUGCACAUCUUCUAUGUCAGUAUUGAUAAAUGGUUCACCAACAAAGUCGUUCAAGAUGGAAAGAGGUCUGAGACAAGGCGAUCCUCUGUCUCCUUUUUUGUUUGUACUUGUUGUUGAUGUCUUACAUAGAAUGAUUGAAGUGGCAGUUAGAAAUGGCUGA